AUGGAGGUUGAGUUGGUGGGUGGUUGUAAUCUAUCAGAGAAAAGCUGUGCAGUUCUGGCCUCAGCUCUCAGCUCAAACUCCUCAACUCUGAGAGAACUGAACCUGGAUAAUAAUAAACUCCAGGAUUCAGGAGUGAAGCUGCUCUCUGCUGGACUGGAGAAUCCGCACUGUAAACUGGAGAAACUGUGGCUGUGGGAGUGUAAUCUAUCAGAGGAAAGCUGUGCAGAUCUGGCCUCAGCUCUCAGCUCAAACUCAACUCUGAGAGAACUGAACCUGAAUCAUAAUAAACUGCAGGAUUCAGGAGUGAAGCUGCUCUCUGCUGGACUGGAGAAUCCACACUGCAAACUACAGAAACUGUUGUAAGAUCAUCGCUUACACUCUUAUAC